ACUCAUCAUUUCUUGCUUGACUGAAGUUAUGAUGUCUGAAAGCAGAAGCAGCAGUACGCAAGCAAUCUGCUUCUGUAAUAUUUGCUUCCUAAUUAUUUUCAUCAAUUUCUUCUCUCACUUUGCUCAUCCACUCUCCUUCAAUAUAACUCAGUUCGACCAGAGUACAAAAGGAGUUGGCUUUGAAGGUGCUGCCCAGUUUUCAUCGGGAAGGAUUGAGCUCAACCCAGGCACUUGUUACGAGACUGGACGAGCUAUUUAUGCAGAGCCUUUGCAUCUAUGGGACAAUGUUACUGGGUCGCUGGCAGACUUCACUACUCAUUUCACUUUCAUGGUCAACCUUGGUUCUGCUCCCAAAGAUGGGAGUGCCACUGAUGGAAUUGCCUUUUUCCUUGCUCCUGUUGGUUACGGUAUUCCACCCAACUCCGCUGCUUGUCAUCUGGGAUUAUUCAACUCCACCAACGAAUUUAAUGCCUUGUCCAACCAGAUUGUAGCCGUAGAGUUCGACACCUGUGGAAACGGUGAUUGGGAUACUGACGAGCCGCAUGUUGGGAUAGACAUCAAUAAAAUCUCUUCGGUUACGUCCACCAAUUGGAAUACCAGUAACAUCAUCGGGAAGACAGGUAAUGCAAGGAUAAUUUACAACGCUACUACCAAGAACCUUUCUGUGUUUUGGACAUUCGAGGAAAACACAAACCUCGUUUUUCCAGGCAAUACUACUUCUUCCCUUACUUACCAUGUUGACUUGCUAGAGAUUCUCCCCGAAAGGGUUACAAUCGGUUUUUCUGCUUCAUCUGGAAUAUCAAACCCUGGACGGUUUUCUUUAAAUUCAUGGGCGUUUAAUUCGACUUUGGUGGAUAGUGAUAUUAGAGGAGCCGACAGCAAGGAAAAGAAGAAAAAGAUAUUCUUGAUACUGGUCAUUGCAGUUCCUGGUUUCACUUUGACGCUUGGUUCAGUCAUAUGUUGGUUGAUGGUAUUAAGGAAUCGGAGAAACAAUCACUCCACUGAAGUCUCUGAUCUUGAGUGGCUAGCCUUUCCAAAACGAUUUGCUUACCAAGAAUUGUUUGCUGCCACCAACGGGUUUUCAGACGAUAGAAGGCUAGGCCAAGGAGGCUCGGGACAAGUAUAUAAAGGACUCCUACAAGACCAUGGAGGCUGCACUGUUGCCGUGAAGAGAAUCUUUGCAAGAUCUGAUCAGCAAGAUGAGAGAGUCUCCAUCAAUGAAGUCAAAAUCAUCAGCCGCUUAAUCCAUCGAAACCUGGUGCAGUUCAUUGGGUGGUGUCAUGAGCAAGGGGAAUGCUUACUUGUUUAUGCAUAUAUGCCAAACACCAGCCUCGACACGCAUCUAUUUGGCAACAGAACAACCCUGCAAUGGGACAACAGGUACAAGAUAGCUUUGGGCUUGGCCUCAGCCCUUCACUAUCUACAUGAAGAUGCAGAGCACUGUGUACUUCAUAGGGAUAUCAAACCAGCUAACGUACUGUUGAAUGAUGACUUCAGCACUAAGCUUGGUGAUUUUGGUAUCGCUAAGCUUGUGGAUGCCCGCUUGAGGUCUCAAACAACAAAGUUGGUAGGGACUUUUGGAUACAUGGCCCCGGAAUAUGCUACUGAAGGGAGGGCUAGUAAGGAAUCUGACAUGUAUAGUUUUGGAGUUGUAGCCUUGGAAAUUGCUUGUGGAAGGAAGACUUACCAAGACGGUAAAGAUCACGUGCCACUCUUUAGGUGGGUUUGGCAGUUGUUCCUUGGAGGAAAUAUUCUGGACGCAGCUGAUGAAAGAUUAGAAAUGAAUUAUGAUCGAAAUGAAAUGAAAUGCUUGUUGAUUGUUGGACUAUGGUGUACUCACCCCAAUUACAAGGAAAGACCCAAAGCAGGACAGGUGAUGGAGGUUCUUCAGUAUAAAGCACCAUUGCCGGAACUUCAAUAUGACAUGCAUGCUGAUCCAUAACUGCCUCAACCUCAAUACCAUUCUCAGAUGUCCUCAACUUCUACCAGCUAUAAUGCUAUAUAUAGUACCUGUGAGUAGUAGAAACAGUCACUAAAUCAUUUGAAGGGCAAGGUGAGGUGGAACCAGUUCAUCAGGAUAAAUUCUUGUCAUUGCUUUUUCUUUUGCGUGCAGUUAUUUUUUAAUGUAAUAAAUUAAGUGUUUGUGUCCCCAACUCUAGACCUUGUUUAAUGUAUGGAGUUCAAAUAAUUAGUUGUUUAUUGGAGCUAGACUGGCUGCGAUAUGAUACCAUGGGUUAAUUGACUUAUGCAGUGCAGUCUGGUUGGGAACUUGGGAUGGUGAAUUGUCACAGGGUUAAAGUUGCUUGUAUCCUUUACUCUGUC